GUAACGCAGUUGUUAGGAAACGGUUACUAGGUAAGGAUAGCAAAUCAAUUGAUGAAUUGGUGAAACUUCAUCAGUUGAAAUGGCUGGGACACGUGUUACGUUGUUACUGACUGACUGAAGGUUAGCUUAUAUUGUCUUUUAGAAUCCUUCGUGUUUUUUUUAUACCGAUUAUUAUCAUUUCAUUUAAAUUUUUUUAUCCUAGACAAAAUGCACUCUUCAAACAAUCUUAUUGAUGAUAAAUGUCCUAUGUGCAGUAUCAAUAUGGAAACAUGGAAUACAGAACGUAAACAACUGCAUAAAAAUACUUGUUGUGAAACAUUUAUCAUGUAUUGUCAUCGUUGUCCUGCAUGUCACAAACAGAUUGCUGGUCGAGCAUCUCGAACACAUUUAAAGCGAUGUGCCUCGAAAUUAAACAUGGAUUUAUUUAGUCUCAUGUCAUUAUCAUGUCGUGACCAUCGUUUCAUCAGGCACGAAAAUGAAGAUUUACAUACGGCUUGUGCAUUAUCUUUAUCUUUAGAUGAAGAAGUGAAGCAACGGAAAUCUGAAGCGAUUUUAGCUCAAAAAAUUGAUCCCAUCGAUUUAGAUUCACCAUCUCAUCUACUUUUAUCGAGUGAAAAACGAGAGAGAAUAUUCUCUGAAAAGUUGGAAUCAAUUCUUCUUGAGGUUAAAAGAAUUAACAAGCUUGAAAAAGUAUAUGGUAAUAAUGAUAACAAUAGUAAUUUAAUUGCCCAGUCUAAUCUAUGGAAUUUAGCAUCGACGAAACUUCAUGAUAUUGAUAAUAUUACACAAAUAUACUAUGUCAAUAAUUUGAUUCCACCCUUAAGUCCUACAUUAAAUCCUUUAAAUUCCAAUAUUAUUUCAAUGUCACAAAUACCUGGUCGUGUUUCAAUGCAUAAAAAUAUGAAUUAUGAAUCUAAUGUAAUUGUCAUGAAUGAAUACAAAAAGGAUCAUAAUGAUUAUUGCUACGAUCAUGUUUUAAAAAAGGAAUGUGAACAAUUAUCUCCCAAACAAUCAAUUAAACCUGAAAAUAAGUGUGACACUUCAGAGUUAUCACCAAUGUUCUCUAAUACCCUUUCCAAAUCUUCAUCAUAUAUGACUAAUAUACCUUCUAAUCCAUUAUUAUCAAUGAUUGGGAAUAAUUUAUGCUCAGAUUUAUGUUUAAUAUUGGAUGAAGGUGAUAUAAUUCCAGCGCAUAAAUUUAUAUUUGCAGCUUGGAAUUUAAAUAUUGAUUAUUCACAGUGUGAUAUCAUUGAAAUUCAUAAUGUAUCCAAAGGUGAACUUAUUAAUCUUUUACAAAUAUUAUACAGUGGAGAUCGAUCAAGACUUACGAUUGAAUAUAUUAAUCAUGCAUCAGAAGCAUUACAAAACGUAAUCAGAAACUGGGGUCUGAAUAGUUUAAAACCGGAACUCAACAUUGUUAAAACGGAUGAUUGUUGCCUCAUCCAUUCAACUGAUUUAUCAACAGAUGACAAAAUGGUUAAUGAUUAUUCUCAUCCUACUCCUUCUGUUAUUUCAAUACAAACAUCAUCAAAUUCAAAUGAAACAGUACAAAUUAAUAACUCUUCAUUACAAAUAAAUAAUUCAAAUCAUAAUCUUAUUACAACUACUGAUUACAACUACACAAAUUCUACAUCUAGCUUUAUUGAUUCCACUAUUCUCCCAAUUACAACUCAAUCAUCGUUAACAUCAUUAAUAUCAGUUAAUACUCCUAUGAUUCCAUCAAAGUUAUACACCUCUAAUCCAGGUCAAUUUAGUCGUGAUUUAUUUUUAUUCUCUGAUAAUGAUGAUGACAAUAUCAAUGAGAAUAUUGAUAAUAUUGAUAUAGAAACUUAUCAUCAUUCUAAUCAAGUAGAAUCUUUACAAUCUAUUGAUGAUCGUAAUCUUCAUGGUACAUUUCAUACAAUUAAUAAGCUUACAACAGAACCAGAAACAAUGGAUAAUAAUUCAUCAAUCCUUCUCUUAAACAACUCUCCAAUCUUAAAUAAUGAUAUACAAGUUACUACUCCAAAACAUUUUUAUAAUUCUUGGUUAGAAGAUGAAACAACUCCAUCACCUUUAAUGAAACGUAUACGCUUAUCAAAUAAUGAUGAAAUAGUUUCAAAUUCAUUAUUGAAUAUCACUACUAUUACUACUGAUGUUAAAAUUAGUAGUAUCAUUAAUAGUAUUCCUUCUAAUUCUGUUUGUUAUACGGUAAAAUCUAUUCUAACUGAUUCAGUAGUUGAUUUUUUCACUACAAAUUCAUUUCAUAAUCACAAUACUAAUGAUAAUGAUGAUGAUAAUGAUAAGAUACAGGAAAUCAAUGAGAGUUUGUCUAUUAAACCUACUAAUAGAGAGAAUUGUCAAGAAAUAUUUGUUUCGAAUCAAUCAUUGACACCAGAUAAACAUUUACCAAAUUCUAUAAUGGAAUCAGUCAACAUUACACCGAUUCCUUUGACUCCAUUACCUAAAUAUGAAGAAAUGAUGACUCCAGAAUUGAAACGUGCUUUAUCUAAAUAUGGUGUGAAACCUCUUCCACGUAAACGUGCUAUACUACUCUUAAAAGAAAUCUAUAAUCAACUUCAUCAAUAUGAAGAAGAUGAACAGAAUCAAUUGAUGUCUAACAAACGAAUUAGAUCAAUGAAGUACAAUAAUGAUAGACAAUUACAAGAAAACUGUAUAGAUAAAGAAAAGAAAUGUAAUAAUAGAUUAGAUAGAUCUAAGAAGGUGAUAUUCAAUGUUUCAAAUAAUGUAAAUAAUGUCUCAUUACUGCCCAUACGUUAUAAAGAUGAUACUGAUAAUAGUAAUAAUAAUAAUAAUAAUAAUGGUGAUAGUGAUAGUAUUGUUCAACAAGAAUUGUUAUUAUCCACUUCAACUCAUUCAAAUGAAUUACAAAACUUAGCGAAUUCUGAAAUGAUUUCAUCGGAUCAACUCGCUCAUUCAAAGAAUCAAGAUAUGAAAAAACUAAGUCAAAAACAAGUCAAUAAAAUCAAGGGUAAUAUAAAUCAAAUUGUAUUACAUUAUUUAAAGAAUAAUCCCAAUCUAUACAUGAAUAUUUUAACAUAUACGCCAUUAGAAUUCGAUAUUGUACAUAAUAUGCUUAAAUCUGAUGGUAUCAUAAUUGGACAACAAAAACUGAUGGAUCUUUUCGAUGAUCAGUGUAUUACAUUCACAUUACGUAAUCGUAUCAAAAACCACAAUAAAUACAAUGGUUCAGUGUCUAAGAAAUGAAUUAGCUCUAACAGAAAUAUUCUACAGUAUGAUCUAUUAUACAUAUUGUGCCAUAAACAUAAUGUCUUUCAUCUUAUUAUUCCAUUAACAUUCAUUUCCUAUAAUC